AUGGAACAAGGUUGGCUCCAUGGGGAAGGAUUCCUCCUCUGCCUCAUCCUCUACCUGCUGCUUCAAGGGAGAGGAGAUACAUUGACCAUCAAUUGCUCAGGCUCUGACCAGCAUGGGGUGGAUCCUGCUGCCUUCCAAGCAGCGUUUGCCAGAAAGGCCUUCCGUCCAGCCACCAAUGUCAGCAUCCCCACUCGUGUUAACAUCUCCUUCACUCUGUCUGCCAUCCUGCAAGUAGAUGCACAGCUUCAAUUGAUGACAUCAUUCCUGUGGCUAAAUAUGAUCUGGUAUAAUCCAUUCAUCACCUGGAACCCAGAGGAAUGUGGGGGCAUCAGGAAGCUGGGCAUGGCAACUGAGAACCUGUGGCUUCCAGAUAUCUUCAUUGAGGAGCUCAUGGAUACAGAUCAGACCCUGCCAGGUCUCAUGGCUUACGUCAACAGUAAUGGUCACAUUAAAUACAGUAAGCCAAUGCGGGUAACCAGCAUCUGCAACCUGGACAUCUUCUAUUUCCCCUUCGAUGAACAGAACUGCACCCUCACCUUCAGGUCCUUCGUCUACACGGUGGAAAAGAUGGUCCUGGGCAUGGAGCAGGAUGUGCGGGAUAUUUUGGAAACAUCACAGAAUUAAAUCGUUUGGAACAAAGGGGAGUGGGUACUUCAGGGUAUCCAUCAAAUGAUGAAGAUGACUGUGGUCACCAAUGACUAUGACCAAAUCGUCUUCUUUGUGGCCAUCAAGCGCAGGCCCACCCUCUACCUCAUAAACCUCCUGGUGCCCAGCAGCUUUCUGGUCACCAUCGAUGCCCUCAGCUUCUACCUGCCGGCAGAAAGCAAGAACCGUGCCUCAUUCAAGAUGACACUCUUGUUGGGCUACAACGUCUUCCUGCUCAUGAUGAAUGACUUACUCCCUUCCAGUAGCACCUCCCUCAUCAGUGUCUACUUUGCCCUGUGUCUGUCCCUGAUGGUGCUCAGCCUGCUGGAGACCAUCUUCAUCUCCUACCUGCUGCACCUGGCCACCACCCAGCCCCCACCCAUGCCUCGUUGGCUCCACUCCCUGCUUCUACACUGCACCAGCCCAAGGACAUGCUGCCCUGCUGUGCCUUGGAAGGGAAACGUGGACCUUGCCCACCUGCCUGGUGUGAAGGAGUCCAUGGAGUUGGUGGGGAAGGUGCCAGGUCCCAGAGAGACAGAGCUAAAUGGGUGCCCUGCGUCAGCAAGGAACCAGCAGGAAGACAAGGCUCAAAAGCAGCACUUGGUCCACCUGUGGGUGUGGUUAAGCCACAUGAUGGACACCCUGCUUUUCCGUCUCUACCUGCUCUUCAUGGCCACCUCCGUUGUCACAGUCAUUAUCCUCUGGAACACCUAG